AUGGGGCUUACCCGGGAACAUAUUGUGUGUAUAUUAUUGGCAAUGGGAAUGUUUGGAGAAUCUUUAGCCUCCUCGUCGGUCCACAAGGUCGGUGGCUCCGCCGGAUGGACUACUCUCGGCAACGUCGACUACCAAAAAUGGACCUCUUCCGACAUUUUCACCGCCGGAGAUUCUCUAUGUACUUUUCACAAUGUCAAGCAAGUGAGCCGCCGUGACUUCCUCUCCUGCAACGCCACGUUAGCUGUGGCCACCUAUAAUUCCGGAUCCGAUACGGUGGCUCUUAAUACACCCGGCCACUACUACUUCCUCUGCGGCUUCCCUGGCCACUGCCAAGCUGGCCAGAAGCUCCAUGUCCUCGUCGUCGCCAUCACAUUCAGUCCGGAUCCUUCCCCUAUUCCCUCACCUUCCACAGGGUUAUCUCCAUCGCCGGCCACUGUUUCCGAAGAUUCCGCUCAAAACGCUGCCAUUUCAUUUUCAGUGUCACUGUCCACGGCUAUGAGUGGUGUUGUCGUGUUUUUGGUGGCAUUGAUGUUAUAUUAA